AUUCCGGCGUUCCGGCCGCUGUCUUCUUCUCCGGUCAGUUUGGCUUGCCGGAACUUGGAGUGGAUAACUUUCCCGCGGCGCUUGUCUGGAUCCGCGUGCGAGCGGUCUGAGAUCUUUCCGAAGAGCGUGGAACGACGGCGGAACCGAUCAGUCGGAGAUCCUGAGUACGAAUGCAAACACCCGCAUUCGAUGGAAAGUAUGGCACAGGUAAACUAUAUAUAAGGUGUGAAGGUGGAUGUACCUUCUUCAGCAUGACUAGUUACUGCGAAACCUGUGCCUCCUUGGGGAGAAGAUAACAAAGAGAUACAAGGAAACUGACAAGGCUGAUGGCAGCAGAGAUGCAGAGGUUCGGCGCAAGUGAAGAAGAUGAUGAUGAAAUGGGGAUGGAUGUGAAGGAGGAAGAUGAUGAUGACGACGAAGAUGAAGAGAAGAACAUGGUAACCCCUAAUAUGGUGGGUGUGGAUGUUGGUGUUUUGUCAACAGGUGGUAGUAAUAGGUAUGUGCAUAAUCAGCAAUAUCAAGAUCCGCAAACUCCGCAGGUUGGAGGGGCUCGAAGGUGUAGGCCUCAGGAAGAGAAAGAGAGAACAAAGCUGCGGGAGCGACAGCGUCGAGCGAUCACAGCAAAGAUAUUGGCUGGGCUUCGUAGGCACGGCAACUACAAUCUUAGAGUCAGAGCUGAUAUUAAUGAUGUCAUUGCUGCUUUGGCUAGGGAAGCAGGUUGGGUUGUUCUUCCAGAUGGGACCACCUUCCCUUCCAGAGCACAGCAGAGCACCAGACCUACUGGUGGUGCACAAAACACAGCUGUGACUUCAUCUUCUUCGCAAAUGCCAGCACAACCUACUUCUCCUACUUCCUUGAGAGGCAUCUCCCCAGGCUAUAAAAGCACUGUUGAUUAUAGCUCAAGUCACUUGAAAGGUGUUUUUGUGCCCACUUCAUCUCCUUAUGAUGUAUCCUCCAGCACUAGAAGUCAAGCAUCAGCUAUGAUUGGGGAUGGAGGAGAGCUACCGAAUGAUCCUCUUCUUGGAGGUUCAAUUGAUUCAGUUGACACCACGCAGGUUGUUGACAUGCCGUCAAAACUACAGGAGCGGGAUUUUUCGGGUACCUCUUAUGUUCCAGUAUAUGCUAUGUUGCCAUUGGGUGUCAUUAACAUGAAAUGCGAGCUUGUUGAUCCAGAUGGUCUAGUGAAGCAAUUGAAAAUCCUGAAAUCAAUGCACGUUGAUGGUAUUAUGGUUGACUGCUGGUGGGGUAUAGUUGAAGCGCAUGCACCUCAGGAGUACAACUGGAAUGGUUACCGGAGGUUAUUUCAAAUGGUGAAGGAGCUGAAGAUGAAGCUGCAGGUUGUUAUGUCCUUUCAUGAAUGUGGAGGUAAUGUUGGGGAUGAUGUGUGUAUUCCCCUGCCUCAUUGGGUCGCUGAAAUCGGUCGAAACAAUCCAGACAUAUUUUUCACGGAUAGAGCUGGAAGGCGGGACCCAGAAUGCCUGUCUUGGGGGGCUGAUAAGGAACGAGUUUUAAGAGGACGAACUGCUAUAGAGGUCUACUUUGAUUACAUGAGAAGCUUUCGGGUUGAAUUUGAUGAGUUUUUUGAGGAUGGUGUCAUAUCUAUGAUUGUAGUUGGACUUGGUCCAUGUGGAGAGCUGAGAUACCCUUGUAACCCUGUGAAGCAUGGUUGGAGAUACCCUGGCAUUGGUGAAUUUCAGUGCUAUGAUCAAUAUAUGCUGAAAAGCCUGCGGAAGGCUGCUGAAAUUAGAGGGCACUCUUUCUGGGCUCGAGGACCAGAAAAUGCUGGUUCUUACAAUUCACUGCCCCACGAAACAGGAUUUUUCUGCGACGGGGGUGACUAUGAUGGUUACUAUGGCAGGUUUUUCUUAAGUUGGUAUUCUCAGGUUUUAGUUGAGCAUGGUGAUAAAGUGCUUUCUCUUGCCAAGUUAGCUUUUGAAGGGACACAAAUUGCUGCAAAGCUGUCCGGCAUGCACUGGUGGUACAAGACAGCUAGUCAUGCUGCUGAAUUGACUGCUGGAUUUUAUAAUUCCAGCAAUCGUGAUGGCUAUGCUGCUAUCAUGGCAAUGCUGAAGAGGCAUGGUGCUACUCUAUGCCUUACAUGUUCUGAAAAGAGCAUGAUGAAUCAGAACACUGACCUCUCUGAGUCCUUGGCUGAUCCUGAGGGAUUACUUUGGCAAGUUCUGAAUGCUGCUUGGGAUGCCAGUAUAUCUGUUGCCAGUGAAAAUUCUUUUGCAUGCAACGGCAGAGAAAGGUUUAGUUAUUUAUUGGAGAAGGCAAAGCCCAUCAGUGAUCCCGAUAGGAGGCAUUUUUCUUCUUUUACCUAUUUGAGGCUUAGCCCACUUCUCAUGGAAAGACCGAACCUCAUUGAAUUUGAACGGUUUGUCAAGAAGAUGCAUGGGGAAGCUGUUCUCGAGUAUCAGACGUAGUUUCAAGUUUGAGAGUAAGAACACUGACUUAGCUUUCUAAUAUAGCACGUACUACCUACACAUUGUAAAGGAACGAACUAAACGAUUUUUAAAGGACUGGUCGAUGGUAUCCAGAGUGUGCUAAGUUAAACCAUAUAGAAAUCAGUCCAUGGAAUUGAUUUUAAUGUAAUCUGUAUGUAUGGAAGAAAACUGUGCAAAUUAACUUGUACAGAAUGGGGAAUAUAUAUAUAUAUGCUUCAACUCUAGCCA